AUGCAAACAACAAAUGGCAUUUCUAUUUUAUAAAUAAAAAAUACCCAAGUAUCAGUUUGCAAUAAUAAAAAAAAGGAAGAAUUGAUACAAUUUGAUUAAUUUGAUGAGGAUUUGAUACCUAAAAGUAAACUAUUUUCUCCAAUGAAUGUAAAUUUAAACCUGAAAUGUGUUGAAAAUUAUGGGAAUAAUAAAAUUUAUGACAUAAAUGAAACUGGACCUAAUGAAUAGUAAAAUAAAUCAGAUUAAUUGCUUGAUUAACUGAAUUCAAAGUAAAGAAUGGACACUUCACUCUUACAAGUUAACGUAAUGACUGAAAGAUUAAAUAAUCAAAACUUAAUAUUCUAUGCUCCUUAAUAUAUUCCAGAUGUUUAACAUUUCUUGACUUAACCUGUACCUGUAGGUAUCUUUAUAAAUGUUAUUUAUUACUAGAUAAGAUAGUAUAAUGUACUUUAAUUAAAAAUAAGAAGGGAUUUUGCAAUUUCUACCCUAAAUUUGAAUUGUAUUUCUCAGAAAGCUUAAAAUUUCUAUGUGCUGGUAAAAGACAAUCAACAAAGAGGAAAUCAAAUUAUAUAAUUUCAAGUAAUGUAGAGAACUUUAAUUCUAACAAUAAAUCAGUAUGUAUAGGAAAUUUGAAAUAUGGAACAAUUGAGAAUUCAUUUUAUUUAUAUGAUAAUGGUAAUGAUCCUAAUAAAAGUGGUCAAUUAGAAACUACAAGAAGGGAAUAUGCAGUUUAUUUUUAUAAGAAAUCUAGUUUAGGACUCAAAUCAAUAAAUGUAUUAAUCCCAUCAGUAAUUAAUGGAUAGCCUUAAGAUUUUAAACCUAUUACAUAAAAUUAAGGUAUCUAAAAAGCAUUUAGUUAAUCAAAGAAUGAAAAUGUAAUGUAAUUAGUUUCAAGACCUCCUACAUUUAGUGAAGAAAAGAAUGCAUAUUAAUUAAAAUUCACAUAAAGAGUGAGAGCAGCUUCUAAUAAAAAUUUUAUUAUCAUUUCUAAUAAUUAAUAAAAUGAUGAAGAAUUUAUACUAUAAUUUGGCAAAUGUGGUGAUGAAUAUUAUAAUUUAGAUAUAUGUCAUCCUCUUUCUAUCUUAUAGGCAUUUGCACUAUGUAUCACUUAAUUUGAAAUUAAAUUAAAAUGA